UUUAAGGGUUAAAGUUAAGUGACACUUUAGUUAAAGUUGAAAUAUGACUACGAGUGGAACAGGACCGGUUUUUUUCUUAGGCUCUCGGGCACAUUAUCAAGCUCUAGAACAACCGAACAACUUCGACCUAGAGAACGGCAACACGUCAACCGAGACGAUAUACAACACGUCGGUCGAGGAGCUGUGGCCGACCAGUCGCGCGGACAAACACGCGGACUUGGACCCCAACUGCAACGACGAACUUGCGUGGAAUUUCAACGACCAAAAUGAUACUGUGAUAUACGAGAGAACCAUGCCGGUUGGGUGCGUGAAGCGCCGCGGAAAGCGGAGGUCUUCCGAGGUGCUUCUCUGCGAUGGCGAGAAGCCUUCAGUGUUGAACCAGGAGUUUGAUAAGAGUGAAGAAAAAUCGAAACCGUCCCAGCGUCCGUCCAUCUUAUCUUUUCUGACGUCUCUCGCCCGCCGCAAGCGACGUUUGGAGACAACGCAGGUGUAUCUGCAGCACCUGGACUCCGUACUCAACACCUGCACCUACAGGGAAUCCUGCAGAUGCCUAGACUGUCAGGGUCGUUACUUUGAAUGUGCAGAGGAAAGUGACGAGUUCAGCUCUGAUGAAGACUUCACUCCUUACAGCCAAGAAGUUGACAGCUACGGCCUCCCACAGCUGGUUGAUGAUGAUGAUGAGGUGUUCAUAGACCCGAAAGCUGACAACGACAAUGCAUCCACCGAUUUACUUCUGGAAGAUUCAUCAUCGCGUGAAGAAGAACGCACCGUUUCCGAGGUGCUGGACGAUAUUGAGACAGACAAGCAGCUACAGAUGGAAGUUGCUGCUAGUACUUCAGCAAUGUUUAAUUUACUGUUGUACCAUCCCUUCUCUUGUUCUAUUCAGUAAAUGAAAACUAUAAUGUACAUCGAUAUCCAUCGUAGAUAUGACCGGACACCGUAAAACAAUGUCCCAUUUUUUUCGGACUAAGUGUACGUAACUUGAACGAACGAAUGAAUGAAUAAAUGAAUAUACUUUUAUUGCACACCACAAAAAGUACAUAAAAAAAUUGGUUGUCUGUAAAGUCGGCUUACUGACGAUAGUUGAACGUGACAACGUCGUAAGAAAAUACUGAUGGAAUGGUUGCAUUUUUCAUUUUGCAUGGGACGCCUCAGAGCGAAGUAACACCGUAUACGUCAUGUUUUUUCGUGCGUGCAGCCGGCUCUAUCGAAUCAUAAGACGUUGUCACGUCAAAAAAGAAAAGUAUAACCAAACAACGUAUACAAU